CGGAAGCAGUUUCUGCCUGCCAGUUUUCUGGAGCGCAAGUCAACUCACCGAGGUGUCCUGGGCACUUCCCGCGCGUUUACUCUGCAAAUACUGAUUAAGCUGCCCUUAUACCCUGCCCUCAGGAACUCGAGGGCUAGCAGAGAAGAUGAGACAGGCCCGUGAUAAUAUCCUAAAGUAGAACUCGGUCAGUGCCGGAAGAAAAAUCAUGAUGGGGAUUCAGAGGAGGGGGGUGCGUCACCAGGGCGGUGUAUUUAAGCUGACCCUUGAAGGAUAUUUGGCCACGGCAUCCUUCCUUGAGGGAAAGAAAAUAGCGCGGUUUAGUUGGAAUAAGGAGUGAUCAGAUUUUGACAGGCAAAGGUUUUUCACAAUCAAAAUAAGCCAAGAUGUCUGUCGAUCCAAUGACCUAUGAGACCCAGUUUUUUGGCUUCACACCACAAACUUGUAUGCUCAGGAUCUACAUUGCAUUUCAAGAUUACCUGUUUGAAGUGAUGCAGGCUGUUGAGCAGGUUAUUCUGAAGAAGCUGGAUGGCAUCCCAAACUCUGAGAUUAGCCCAGUUCAGAUUCGUAAAUGCACAGAGAAGUUUCUUUCCUUUAUGAAAGGACGUUUUGAUAACCUUUUUGUCAAAAUGGAGCAGCUGUUUUUACAGUGGAUAUUGCGUAUUCCCCCAAACAUCUUGCUUCCAGAAGAUAAAUCUCAGGAGAUGCAUCCUUAUAGUGAGGAAGAAUUCCGGCUUCUCCAAAAAGAAAUUGAACAAUUACAGGAGAAGUAUAAGGCUGAAUUAUGCACUAAACAGGCCCUUCUUGCAGAAUUAGAAGAGCAAAAAAUUGUUCAGGCCAAACUCAAACAGACACUGGCUUUGUUUGAUGAGCUUGAAAAUGUUGGCAGAGAUCAUGGUACUAGUGAUUUUAGGGAGAGCUUGGUGUUCUUGGUCCAGAACUCCAGAAAACUACAGAAUAUUAGAGACAAUGUGGAAAAGGAAAGCAAAAGACUGAAAAUAUCUUAAUUUCUAAAUAGUAAAAGGAGCCUGUCAAAAGUACAGUGACUAGGGGAUUUAUAUAAAUGACUAUUCUUAUUUUAAUGAACUGUAUAUUUUAUUGGAUUUUCUUUGUUUACUCUUUCUUGUAUUCCACAACUUCCUGUUUGUUGGUUCACUCUCCUUACAUCUGUAUUACUCUGAACUAAUCUUUGAAGCAUCUGUUCCUUACAGGCCUCUAAUGGGUAGGAAGAGAUUCUUGAUUCAAUAAUGACUCAUUUGGGGGCAUGAUUGAAGAAACAAAGCUUUCCCUGGCCAGUCAAAGAUAUUUGUAAAAGUUGGACCUUUGUCAUGAGUCCUUUGUAACAUUGAUCCUUUAGACUUAUUUGGAUGAGAUCAAAUGAGAAAAAGGUUGAGUGGGUGGCUUCUUUAUUAACCAGCCACUACUCUGUGGGACAGCCAACACAGAGUGUGUGCUCUUGCCCAUAAGGAAAUUUACAACUAAUGGGAAGAAGCAAAGUAGCAGAAAAACAACCAUGAUCGUUAGUACAGAAGGAAGAAGUUGUUUUGUUUGUAAAAUAAAUCCUCUUCAUGACCAAGGCCUUGGUGAUGUUAAGCAAUUUAGUGUACUGGAGCCCAGCAGUGAAAGACCUCAGACAAAAAAGGAGCAGAUCUCACUAGAAUAGAAGAGGAAGCCUGGAACAUACCCAAUAGCAAAGUUUAUAUUAACUGUUAAGUAUUUAUGUCAUUGUUUUCAUACUUUGAUUAGUUUUAGAAUCUUGUAUCUAAUAUUUAACAUAUGUAUACAUUCAUAAGCAUCAAAUUUUAGUACCCUCAGUGGGAAAUUUUAGCUCUGUCUUUUGUGAUUAAUCCAUAUAACAUGUUAGGUCAUGCAAGGAAAGGGAAGACAUAGCAAUAGUUACUCUCAAAGUAUUGCUUGCCCUCCAUGUCUUCCUUUAGAACAGUAGAGUUUCUCCUUUAUGUAGAAGAAUAACUUAGGUUAUUAAUAUUUGCAAGUAAAUAUAAAUUUAGGAAGUCUAUGUUUAACUGCAAUAUAUUUAUUAUCUAAGAGUUCUUUUUCCCAUCGUGUAUGAAAUACAUAUCUUUUUAAAGGCUUUGGUUUUUUAUUUUCUGCUGUGUAUAAUGUCGUCGUAUGUUUCUUUCUUCAAUAUGACAUUUUACCCAAAUGAUUUUUUUUUUUUAAACAUUUGGAGCUUAUUGAAAAUCUCCUAGUAUAGUGGGGUUGAAUGGUGAUUCCCUGAAAGGUAUGUCCAUGUUCUGAUGCCUGGAACCUGUGAUUAUGCCUUACUUGGAAAAACAAUCUUUGUAGAUAUAAUUGAGUUAAGGAUCAGGAGAUAAGAAGAUCAUUCUGAAUUAUCUGGGGGUGUGAGGUGGGCUAAAUCCAAUGACAGGUGUCUUUAUGAGAGGUAAAGGAAAAUUUGAGACAGACCACAGAGGCAGAUUGAAUGUGUGAUACAGCCACCAUAAGCUAGGAAGUGGCAAAGGACAGAUUCUCCCUUAGAGCCUCCAGAGGGAGUGUGGCCCUCCUGGCAUCCUUAUUUUGAAUUUCUGGCCUCCAGAACUGAGAAUACAUUUCUGUUGUUUUAAGUCGCUAAGUUUGUUAUAGUAGC